AUCAUCAUCAUCAUCGUUGUUAUCAUCAUCAUAUAGAAGUUGAGCAUAGCAGAAGCAGUAGUACCGCGUCGUAGUUAGUCGCUGGCUCUUUUACUCUCGCCCUUCGAACAGCACUCGCUCUGCAGCGAGAACGACAAGAGGAAGAAAGAAGGAAAGAAGACGACGUAUAGCAUACGAAAAUCGUAAGUCUGCUCAGCGCUCAGCAGCAGCAGCAGCAGCAACGGCAGCAGCUCAGUCAGUUCGUCGCAGGGGCUCGUCGUAGUUAGUUUGCAGGUACGGAGAGCUCUUGAGCAUACACGCUCGUAACAUCCCGCGCUAAUAUAUACGCACCAGCAACUACAUGUAUAUGUACAGUAUACGACAGUCGGUCAGUAGUCAGUCAUAGUCGACACUGUAUAAAAAGCGAUAGGCAGCAUCGCAGCAGCGAGCGCCUCCUCCCACUCUCUCUCUCUCUCGCUCUUUUCUCAUACUCUCUCCGAGUAUACGAGUCCCCCUCUCUCGAGGCACGUAAGCACACACGCUCUCACACUGGUGGAGAGAUCGCCACAGACAGGCCAGCUGGAUCUGGAUCAUCUGCACGAGUCACAGUCUCAGCCGGGUAGCGCAGAGUUAAAGAACACGAUUCAGGAACAGAACGAAGCCAACGACAGCAUCAUGCCGGAGAACGCGCACCAUAUGAACGGCUACGCCAAUGGCCACACGCCACCAGAACUACAGCAGGACACGAGUUUCCUCUUCACCUCCGAGUCCGUUGGCGAGGGACAUCCAGACAAAAUGUGCGAUCAAAUCAGUGAUGCCAUUCUGGAUGCUCAUCUCAGGCAAGAUCCCGAUGCCAAAGUUGCCUGUGAAACUGUUACAAAGACUGGAAUGGUAUUAUUGUGUGGAGAAAUCACUUCUAAAGCUGUAGUAGAUUAUCAAAAAAUUGUACGUGAUACUGUGAAUCAUAUAGGAUAUGAUGAUUCUUCCAAAGGAUUUGAUUGGCGUACAUUGAAUCUUAUGGUGGCAAUCGAACAGCAAUCUCCAAAUAUAGCUGAUGGAGUUCAUGUUGACAGAGCAGAAGUGGACGUAGGUGCAGGCGAUCAGGGUUUAAUGUUUGGAUAUGCUACUGAUGAAACAGACGAAUGCAUGCCGCUAACAGUGGUGUUAGCACACAGGCUUAAUCAGAAGAUUGCUGAAUUGAGACGAAGUGGAGAACUAUGGUGGGCACGACCCGAUUCUAAGACUCAGGUAACAUGUGAAUAUAAAAUGGAUCAUGGUGCAUGUGUACCAAUUAGAGUACACACAGUAGUAGUCUCUCUCCAACACAGUGAAAAAGUCUCUUUGGAAGAUUUGCGCCAAGCUAUAAUGGACAAAGUUAUCAAAGAAGUUAUUCCAGCUAAAUAUUUGGAUGAAAGGACAGUUUUUCAUGUUAAUCCUUGCGGACUAUUUAUCAUUGGAGGCCCACAGAGUGAUGCUGGUCUCACUGGGCGUAAAAUUAUUGUUGAUACCUAUGGAGGUUGGGGUGCUCAUGGAGGAGGUGCUUUCUCAGGAAAAGAUUUUACUAAAGUUGACAGAUCUGCUGCGUACGCUGCUCGAUGGGUAGCAAAAUCGUUGGUUAAAGCCGGGCUCUGCAGGCGCUGCUUAGUACAAGUAUCAUAUGCAAUUGGUGUUGCAGAACCUUUAUCUAUUACAGUCUUUGAUUAUGGAACAUCAAAGCUGUCUCAAAAUGAACUUUUAGCGAUAGUAAACAAAAACUUUGACUUACGUCCUGGAAAAAUUGUCAAGGAGCUUAAUUUGCGCAAUCCUAUCUAUCAGCAAACAAGCACAUAUGGACAUUUUGGAAGGGACUGCUUUACUUGGGAACAACCCAAAACCCUAAAACUUGAUUGACUCAAUCCUACAUAAACCAUUUAACUUUGACGAUGUGACAAGCUUCUCCUUGUACCAACUGUAUUCUUUGGUUUUAUGUUUUCUCUAUUUUUUUCGUCGAUCUAUUUUCAUAAAUUUAAAACUCAUGUCACCCAAAUUGUGAAAUUGCUAAUAAUGCCUCUUAAGGUUGAAUUAGUUUUGGAACUGUGUAUUUUUUCAUAAAAAUGUUACUUCGGUUAAAAAAAGUUGCAAAAAAAAUUAGUACAAAUUGAAAUAUUCCAAAAGUGAUCAACCAGCAUGAAAUAAAGUGACUUCUUUAAAAGAAGAAAAGUGUGGACAUGAAAUCAAAGAAUAUAUGAUGCUUUGCAUGUUCAGUUUUUUUAGUCAAUUUAAUCAAUUUAUUUACUCUUGAUCAAUUAUUCAAUUAUAAACAUGCAAAGUAGAAGUUCAGUUCCACGUUUAUAAAAGGUGGCAUGUGUAUGUAUGUCUGUAUGUAUGUAUGUGUGUUUGUAUGUAUGAGUUAAACAGUCACGUUACUUUUGGUAAAAAAAAAAAAAAAAUAGUACUAACUGCAGAUGUCUCGUCGAAGGUACAGCACGAGGGAUGCAGUGGUUCCUAGUUUGUAAAGUUGUAGAAAAAUAGAAAUUGUAUUGUAUUCGCGAAUUUUAAACUCUUAGUUGUUAAGAUAUACAUAAAAUAGCAUUUGCAUGUUUCUUGUUCAGCCACGCUCCCCUCAUGCUAAACCCAUCACAGGAAUGAAGUUUGAAAAAA